AUGACAACCCCAUCCUCCGGCUAUGCCACGCUGGACGACAUUUCCCGGGAUGUCUUGUCCAACGGUGACCGCGUUCACGGCUCCGACCCACGAUCCAAACCCAUCGAGGGCAAGGUGCUCGGCCAGGAGAUUAGCGACGUCAUAGAGUCCCUCAUCGGCAAUAUACCUAAGAGCGAGGAAGGUGGUGGGCUCGACACGGUGGACAUGGAUGUCGACUCGCCGCUCAAUGACAACGGCUCGCCUGAGGCCGGACCUGGGCCGAGCACCGCUGCGUUCCGGGAGGCCAACCGGCAUCUCUACUCUGACGGAUCACUCGACAUGAAUGGUCGGUUUUCCGAUGGAGAGUCGGACGACCUUGGGCCCGUGGACGAAGGGGGUCAAAAGGAUGACGAGGACGAGGGAGAAGAAGGAGGAGGAGAAGAAGACGAAAAGAAAGAAGAAGAAGAAGAAGACGAAUCCGACUCGCAACAAGAACAGCUCGACGAGGUCCUGAAAGUCGACCGGGGAUUCUACGACGUGCUUGUGCAUGAUCUCAAGGAGUGCAUCGACGAGGCGGCCUGGACGUUGGAUCUGUGGAAGAGGGUGUUUGUCCAUGAGUAUGGCUGGAGCCCAGAACCAUUGCUCGACAAGUAUGGCGCCCUUAUCGAGGCUGCCGUGCCUGCUUUCACUGCCAAGUUGGACCGCAAGGUGCCUGUUACCACCGGCCAACUUGAGCUGCCCACGUCUGCGGCCUUUGCGCAGGUCUACCAGGAACUGAAGGCGUGGGAUUGGGACAACCCUACAACUAGAAAGAUUGACUUUCUUCACAAUUACAAGCAGAAGUAUGGGGUAAUGGCGAACCACGUGCUAAGGAAGUACUCUGGACUGCUGAAGCAGCUCCUUCCGCGCUACGCGGCGCGCAUGAACGCGAACAUCCGCAAAACGAUUCAAAAUCCAACUUCGAGCCAGAUGGGCUCAAAGCCGGCCAAUAGGGAGACCCAAGAAUCCGCAAGGGAGACCCAAGAAUCUGCAAGGGAGACCCAAGAAUCCGCAAGGGAGGCCCAAGAAUCCACAAAUGGCCCGGCACUUGAACGCAAGGUGAAUGGCGUCAGUUCGAAUAAUCUCCAACUGUUCCACCUGUUGGUAGAUGACUUGAGGGCUCGGGACUGGUCAAAGCCGGGUUUCACUCAACGCGCCUGGGUGAUCGACUUGAGAAAAGUGCUGGGAGAAGACCAAGUCCACCGGGCCAAGAUCAUCAUGGGCAUGCAUGCCCCGCAGCUGAGGCGCAUGGUGCCAGAAUACGCAAAUCAAAUGGAUUUCAACCGCUACCACGGGAAGGCGCGGCCUCCGCCCCGCGCUGGGCCCGUAAACUCAUCGGCUUCAUCCAUUGCUCGCGCGAGCCCGCCCCGUUCAUCCUCAAGUUCGCCCAAGGCACCGCGGCGUCCUCGACCAAUCGUUCGAUUGCCAGGUGUGCAGGCCACAGCACGAACGCUUGAUUCUGCCGCCAACAAAGUGAGCAAUGCACCGUACGCGCGACCGCUUGAGCGGGAGCGGACCCCGCGACCACGCCAUCCGUCGUACGUUAUGCUGCCGCGCCGCGAUGGCCCUCUUUCUUUCCCUUCCGCACUUGCAGAGCUCGAUGUCGAGGUGUAUCGGCAUCAGUCGGCGAACCACACGGUCCUCCCGCAACUGGCCGUCUUCUCAGACUAUCUCACAUCCCAAGCAGGAUCCCAGUACAAGGCUCUCGUCACGCGCAUCCGUGACCUCGGACCGGCGAUCGAAUCACAGCUCGACGACAUGCGUGUAGUCGCGAAGGACGUCGACCGGCUCCAGGCGGCAGUAAGGACCGAGUGGGCCGCUUUCCAGGUGUCAGGUGCGAUGGCAGACGUAGUAAUGGACGUGGACGGUGAGCGCGCCGGGAGACAGGCGUGGGAGUACAAACAGGCUGCUGCGGUAGCUCGACGGAGUGUGCUCCUCGGGCACCGCGCGGAAUUGGAUCGUAUGCGCGAGGAACGCGUCAAGUGCCUGGCGAAGGUGCGUCGAAUUGACGAAGUAGUCGUCGCGGCGCGGGCCAAGAUCGAGGCGGCGCUGAUGGAGGAGUGA